AUGGCGCGAGUCCGCAGCAACGGGCGGCGUGGCGGCGGCAGUGGCGGUGGAGGCGGCCGCGGCGGCAAGGGGAAAGGAAAGGGAAAAGGCCCGGGCAAGUGGAAAAUGCCGUUGUCGGUGGCGCGGAAGCAGCAGGCGGUGCUGGCGAACGUGGACCAGGUCACCGGCGAGAGGAUCCCCAAGAGCUUCGUCUUCUCGCGCGGCAAGCUCCCCUCCACGCUCCGUCACCUCCAGCAGGACCUCCGCAAGCUCAUGCUCCCCUACACCGCCCUCAAGCUCAAGGAGAAGAAGAGGAACAACCUCAAGGACUUCGUCAACGUUGCCAGUCCAUUGGGUGUUACGCAUUUCUUGAUCCUCUCGAACCCAAAGAGCUUGCCGCACUUGCGCUUCGCCAAGUCACCGCAGGGCCCAACCUACACUUGUCAGAUUUCAGAAUACGCUCUUGCGGCUGACAUCGCAAACUCCCAAAAGCGGCCUAGGUGUCCUGCAGAGAUAUUCAAAAACUCGCCUCUGGUCGUGCUCAGUGGUUUCAAUGGCCUGGGCGAGCCUUUCAAGAGUUUUGUUACCUUCUUUAGGCAUUUGGUCCCUGCUAUUGAUACAGAUACUGUUAAGCUAUCAACCUGUCAAAGAAUAUUAUUGCUACAGUAUGACAAAGAGACGGAGGCUAUCGAUUUCCGGCAUUACUCCAUCAAGCUACAGCCUGUUGGCAUCAGCCGCAAGAUUAGAAAACUCAUGCAGAACAAUCAAGUGCCAGACCUAAGGGAUCUUAAAGAUGUUAGUGAUUAUGUGACAAAAGCUGGAUAUGGAUCUGAAAGCGAACCAGACGAUGAAGCAGCGACUGUAAGUCUAGCAAGUGAUAUAGACAAAUUGAACAGAGCAUCCCGAAAAAGUGCCGUCAGACUCCAAGAGGUCGGACCAAGAAUGACCAUGCGCUUAGUUAAGGUUGAAUCUGGGCUAUGCUCGGGCGACAUCUUGUACCCACAAUCUGUUGGAAAAGAAGAUGUGAAGGAGGGACAAGAGGAAGAAGAGAUAGAAGAUGCUGAGGAUAUGAUGGAGCUGGUUGAUGGGACGGAGGAGGACGACACGGGUGACGAAGAGUAG